CCCUUCAAUCGCCCUCAUAAAAAAGCUCUGCUCUGCUCUUCUUCUUUUUCACUUUCCUCUCUCUGGCUUCACUAGGGUUCAAAAUCUCACAGUACGAUUUCAGCUCCACCCCAUUGGAUUCCAAUUCGUUCUUGAUUUCCGAGCUCUAAUUUAACUUCACCGGAUUCAAUUCCCCCAUAAAGCAAGAGUCUUUGGCCUCUUUUCCCUCUUCCCCCAAUUCAUCCCCCUUUUGUGAAAUUAGGGAUUAGCUCAUCUCCGAUGGCCUCCAUGGGCGCCUCCUACUGGUGCUACACGUGCAGCCGCAUGAUUCGGGUCCGGGUCCGGGCCCAAGACUCGAUCUUUUGCCCCGACUGCGGCGCCGGGUUCAUCGAGGAGAUCCAGACCCCGACCCGAUCUCCUCUCAACCACCCAUUUCCGGCCGCCGCGAUUUUCCUCGACAACACGCCGAUAUCGCAGAGCCCGAGCCCCAGGCUGCGGCGGAGCCAGAGGAGCAGCCGCGACCGAUCCCCUUUCAACCCGGUAAUCGUGCUCCGCGGCCCGCCGGAUUCCGGAGCCCCGGCUACGGAAACCGACCCGGGGACUUUUGAGCUGUACUACGACGACGGAGCGGGGUUGGGGCUUCGGCCGCUGCCGUCGAGCAUGUCGGAUUUCUUGAUGGGGUCGGGUUUCGACCGGUUGCUCCACCAGUUGACCCAAUUGGAGAACGGGGUCGGAAGAUUGGACCACCCGCCGGCCUCGAAGGCCGCGAUCGAGUCGAUGCCGGUGAUCAAAAUCGAGGACAGCCACGUCACGACGGAGUCGCACUGCGCGGUGUGUAAGGAGGCGUUUGAGCUUGAUUCGGAGGCGCGUGAGAUGCCCUGUAAGCACAUUUACCAUAAUGAUUGUAUCUUUCCUUGGCUUUCGAUUCGGAAUUCGUGUCCGGUGUGUCGUCAUCAGCUGCCGAGUGACGUACGCGGCGGUGGUGGGAGUGGCAGGCCCUCACUGGAGACUGCUCUGAUCGGAGAGGAAGAGACUGUGGGAUUGACUAUAUGGAGGUUACCGGGAGGCGGAUUCGCUGUGGGGAGGUUCACCGGAGGAAGAAGAGCGGCGGAGCGUGAGCUUCCGGUGGUGUACACUGAGAUGGACGGUGGGUUCAACACUGCUGGUGGUGCUCCGAGGAUGAUUUCGUUGGCUUCGAGUGGAAGAAGAACAAGGGAGAGUGGUGGUUUUGCUAGAGCUUUUCGAAGUUUCUUCUCCUUUUUCGGGAGGCUUAGGAGCUCAUCUUCAAGGUCGAGCUCGGAGUCUCGUUUAGCAAGAAGAAGUCGGAGCAGUAGUGUGUUCAGUAGAUCUUCACGGCAGCGGAAUCAGGGCUGGGCUUUUGAAGAUGAUGAGAACUGAUGGAGGUUUAGCUUCUCGUAUUAGUUUUGGUUAUGCGUUUGAUUGGAAUUCUGGUAAUGUCUGUACAUUUAUGGUUUAUUUGCUGUAAAUAGCAAUACAGGUCAUUAAGACCGAAGAGUCUAUGAAUUGUGACUGUUGAAGAGAUGAAAAUUUUGAAUUGGUAGGACUAGUUUUCGACUUUUCGAAGAUGUGGAAGGAGGAGAAGUAAGUAAGCUUAAGGUGUUAGGAGCUUUGCGGUUGGCAUUGUAGAAGCCUUUGUGUUGGUGUUCGUAUCAUUGUUAGGUUUUAAGGCCUCUCUCUUGUUGCAGACUAGCAGUGAAUUAACUUAGAAGCUGAUUGCUGCUUUUGGUCUGUUGUUGUAUUAGAAUUGUUCUUAUUCAAUCUAAAGUGAUUAAUUUCUCUCUUCA